GUGAGUAGAUAUUCAUUGGGUUUAUAAGCAUUAAAACUAACUAGCCUAAGUUCGUUCUUGCAAGUACCAGGUUUAGCACCGCAUCACAGUGGAUUACAUUCAUCCUAAAUUUUCUAGAUGUCUCUGUUUGCUGCUAGUCCAAAUGGGCUUGGCAAAUGAUGUAGCCUCAUGGGAAAAGGAAAAGCGCACCUAUGAUACAGCCAAGGUACUCCAUGUGAUUGCCGUGCAGGUUAUCAAAGAGUUUUCCAAUUUAACAAGUUACGAGGCAGCCAUGAAAAUCGCAUGUGCAUCCCAGCAGCAGCGUGAGGUUUAUCUAGACGCAGAAGUUGACAGACUGAUGAAGAGGCUCUAUCUGCGGAGGAAUUGAGAUAUAUCAACGCACUGGUUUAUUGUGCGAUGGGCAGUCUAGGGUUUGGAGAGCCAGCCAUAUUCCACAUACUGACUUGGUUGGAUCGUC